AUGGCCCAAAACCAACAACCCCAAAGAGUUACCCUCGAUGGUGAAUUCACACUUGGAGACAUCGUUCAAGGGGUACCUUCCGAACAACAUAUGGACUUCAGACGCUUCUGGACUCACUUGGUCAACUCUUGCACGGCCACAAUCACCACGCCAACAAUUGUUUGUGAGCCCUUCGGACGUCAUGUCCUCAGCUGUAACCGGACCUACGCAUUCCGUGGAAGCCUUCUUCUUUUGCCGUAUCCCAGGGCGCCGGUGAUUCAUGUUGAUUCAACUCAAUGCCUUGAGGUUGACACAGUCGCGAACUUGAACAUCAGUCCGAUCCAAACCAUCAAUGUUUCUUCCAUAGGCAGAGUCCGCUCUUGCACCCUGUCACCCGGGCAAUCCCACUGGGAUGUUAUCAUGGAACACCGCGACUACGAACCGCACGAACGGGAGAACUAUGACUUCAUACUCCACUACGUCAUCAGCACAUGGAUGAUGACGAACUCUCCUCCUGGGACAUUCGAACCGGGUGCUUCACUGUGCAUACUGGGAUUCAUUGCCUCUCACGGACCCGAUCCCGUCGCAUGGUCAAUUCGCUUGAACAAGCGGGCAACUAGGACCGUACCAGAUCACGCAUGUCAAGCGCGCGCUCAAUUCUUGUCAUUGCGUAAUAACACACCCGACCCAGACACUCAUGUAUUCCGUGCAACCAUUUCUGAUCGUAUCCUAAGUGUAUUUGAUCUAAUGUCAACAUCAAUUACUACAUCACAAUAUUAUUACAUUUAUACACAGUAUUACAACGAUGCAACAUGA